ACAGCCUCUCAGUCGUUUGACGAGUUGCUGGCGGCGUUUCGAACGUGUCAGUGGCGCCGGGCUGCCACGGUGGGCGAAACUCACCAUCGUCACUGGAGGAGUCGAUGUAGUGUGUUGUGGUGCAGUCCGGUGUCUCGGAACCGGCGAUGUUUUCGUGUUGUAGACACUAACGGAUUACUUUCGGGUCGAAGACUGGAACCCAGUCGAGCCGGGACUAUGUCCGGAACCGGUGGAGCAGUUGCGGGGAAAAGUUUACCACAAGUCGGGCUGCGGUUACCCCGUCGACGCUAAAAUGGCGGAGCGUAGCGGCUGCGAUGUCCUCAGCAUCCCGGUGCCCAUGCGGCGCGGCGGCUCCGAGUCCAACCUGGACGUGGUGGACGGCGUGGGCCUGGACUUCAACAAGGGGGCGCUGGGCAUCGACAGCCUGCAGCAGAAGAUUGUCAAGGUGACGGAGCAGAUCAAGGUGGAGCAGACGGCCCGGGACCAAAACGUGGCCGAGUACCUGAAGCUGGUCAAUAACGCCGACAAGCAGCAGAUGGUUCGCAUCCGCCAAGUGUUUGAGAAGAAGAACCAGAAGUCGGCGCACUCCAUCGCCAAGCUGCAGAGGAAGCUGGAGCAGUACCACCGCCGCGCCAGGGACGGCGAGGCCAACGGCAAGCACGGCCACAAGAACGACACCCGGGACGCGUCGGCGGGGCACGGCAAAGAGGGCGGCCUGCCUCACUCGGUGCGCCACCUCGCGCUGGACAAGGUCAAGACCAUCGGGCCGGGCGUGUCGCUCUCGCCGCCGUUCUUCUUCAACAAGUCGCGCGGAUUCGCCAGCCUCAUCCGCAACAAGUACGGCAGCGCCGACAACAUCACGCAUCUCAAGAGCAUGGAGGCCGGCGCGGGGCUGCGGGGCGAGGCCGGCGGCCGCGGCCUGAGCGGCAGCGCCACCACCGUGGCCAAGCCCACCAAGUACCACAGCGACGACGAGUGCUCCUCCGGCACCUCGGCCUCCGCCGACUCCAACGGCAACCCCGUUAGCGGCGGCGGCCGGCUGGCAGAAGUCCUGGAGAUGGUCCGGGACAUCCGCGAGUCGCAGACGCGGCUGGGGCACGACGUUGAGGCGCUCAACGCGCAAUUCAAGCGCGACUACGGAUACUUCACUCAGGUGCUGCAGGAGGAGCGCUACAGGUACGAGCGUCUGGAGGACCAGCUGAACGACCUGACGGAGCUCCACCAGCACGAGACCGGCAACCUGAAGCAGGAGCUGGCCAGCAUCGAGGAGAAGGUGGCCUACCAGGCCUACGAGAGGGCCAGGGACAUCCAGGAGGUGCUGGAGUCGUGCCAGACGCGCGUGUCCAAGCUGGAGCUGCAGCAGCAGCAGCAGCAAACGGUGCAGCUGGAGAGCGCCGACGCCAAGGUGCUGCUGGGCAAGUGCAUCAACAUCAUGCUGGCCUUCGCCACCGUCAUCCUGGUGUGCGUGUCCACGGCGGCCAAGUUCGCCGCCCCGCUCCUGCGCAGCCGCCUCCGCCUGGUGCUCACCUGCGUGGCCGUGUCCCUCCUGGCGCUGCUUUGGAAGAACUGGGAGCAUUUGCCGUGCGCCUUGGAGCGACUGUAACGUCCGCCGUGCUAUGAUGCCAUGCAUCUGCCAUCUUUACUCUUCAAAACGAUCAUGCGCAAGAGUGGCGGUGAAUGUUACCCAAAUGCACGUUGUGUCAAUUUGACACAUUUUCGAGUGUUUAUCAGUCUCUCAACUGCCUUUUAUGAUGUUUUGUGCUACGUUUAAGCACAGUUCAAAGCAUUCCCAAUGGUUUCUGAAUAUUUCCUUCUUGGCUUUUUUUUUUUUUUUUUCUUUUAACCACUCGACUUGAAGACUGUACAACGAAUGCGCAAAGGAGCAACUCGGAGGAGGACGUUUGUUGUAAAGUGGUGCCGCUUCAGUAAUUCCAAGUUCACCACUUAAAAACUUGAGUUGCAACUCGAGUGUGACCUGAAUAAUGGAGGUGGACUGUCGCGCUCGCACCAAAUAUCACUGUGAAGAAACAAAUAGCCGCCUUGGUUUUGUCCCCUUUUAAAGCCAAAUAUU